AUGAUCUUAAAUAUCAUAAGACUUUUAAUAAAAGGAGUUUUCAAUUAUGUACUGCCUAUCCUCUUUACUUUGUUUAUUAUUUAUGAGUGGCCUAAUUUGAAUGCUAAUUAAGCAAGAAUAUUGAUGAGCAUUAAUGUGGUGUUGUUUGUAAGAAUCGAAAAUUGUUUUGCAUUUUAUAGGUCUUCUAUUUAUUGUAUGUAGAUUCUAUAAAAAAAAAAGCAGAUUUGAAUAUGAAAUGACAAUAUUUUUAGCAACUGUGAAGGUUGUUAAUUCAUUCCAAGCCUAAACUCCCAGUGGAUCAAUCUACAUUAUAGUACAAUACACAAUUAAUAGAUUUGUUAAUGGGUUUUCGAUUUGUUUUUACUCUGUAAUGCACUUUGCUAUGCUUUUUCCUUUUGCAUUAUAAUAAUUUUUGUCCUUAUCGUGAUUUUUGGACUUAUUAGAGGAGACUUCCCUGUAGUUAAUCGUGGAUUAUCACCAGAAGAAUUAUUGAAGCUGACUAGAAAACCAUGGGUUGAAUACCAAGCACCAUAACCAGAAGACUGCCCAAUUUGUUUAUGCUAAUUAGAAUAACAG